AUGGAAAUACAGUCCCCGGAAAAUGCCAACAAAGGAGCUUUUCAAGACACCCAUAGCACCGAAUUACAUAUGUUUGGCUGGCUUGCCGAAAACAAAAUCGUCGAAAUGGACGCGUUGCAUCAGAUGAUGGCUGCUAAAGCAAGCCACCAUGGGCAUAUGUGGACAGACCUUAUCCCUGAGAAGUGGAUCACUGGCAUUGUCCCAGCUGAGGAGGACAGCCCUCAUAAGUUCACAAUAGCUGAUGUUGGUGCCAGCUCAGGUAUCGUGUUGGAUGCUUUCAGGCAAAGGCUUCCCGCACGCAAUGUCCGUCUGGUCCUCCAAGACCUCCCAGACGUGGUCGAAGGAAACCACCACGUUACAUCCAUGUGUCGAAUGACGUCGCCAACCCAUCGGAGCGCAAACCACUUGUACUGA